GCGCGGCCCCCGCCCCCGCUCCCGCUCCCGCGCCGCCGCCGCCGCCGCGCAGCGCCCGGGGCCGGCGGGCCAUGGCCGGGCCGGGCGGCGCGGAGCUCAUCGAGCUGCGGGAGCUGGAGCCGGAGGCGCGGCCGGGCCGGGGCCGCCUGGAGCGGGCCAACGCGCUGCGCAUCAGCCCGGCCCGCCGCCCCGCCGCCGCCGCCGCCGCCGCCGGGCGGGCCCCCGCCGCGACCCGCGACCCGCGGCUCACGGCGGCGCCGGGCGCCGGGCACCGCUUCCAGCCGCGCCGCCGCGGGCUGCACACCUGGUGCGACCUGUGCGGGGACUUCAUCUGGGGCGUCCGCAGGAAGAGCCUCCAGUGCCUCCACUGCAGCUUCACCUGCCACUACCGGUGCCGGGCCCUGGUGCGGCUGGACUGCAGUGGCCCCCGGGGCCCCGGGAGCGAGGCCGACGAUGGCCCCGAGCAGGCGGUGGAGAAGGACACCAACGUGGAUGAGCCGAGCGAGUGGGAGAGGCCGGAGCUGGACCAGGCGCAGGUGGAGCAGAAGAUCAAGGAGUACAACAGCCAGAUCAACAGCAACCUCUUCAUGAGCCUGAACAAGGACGGCUCCUACACGGGCUUCAUCAAGGUGCAGCUGAAGCUGGUGCGGCCCGUCUCCGUGCCGGCCACCAAGCGGCCGCCAACCAUGCAGGACGCCCGGAAGGGGCCGCGCGCCCAGGCCGUGAAGCGCCGCACCUCCUUCUACCUGCCCAAGGACACCGUCAAGCACCUGCACAUCGUCUCGCACACGCGGGCCACCGAGGUCAUCGACGCCCUGCUCCGCAAGUUCAUGGUGGUCGACAACCCCCGCAAGUUCGCCCUCUUCGAGCGCUGCGAGAAGGACGAGCAAGUGUGCCUGCGCAAGCUGGCCGACCACGAGCAGCCCCUGCGGCUGCGGCUGCUGGCCGGCCCCGGCGAGAAGGCGCUCAGCUUCGUCCUGAAGGAGAACGAGACCGGCGAGGUGAACUGGGACGCCUUCAGCCUGCCGGAGCUGCAGAACUUCCUGCGCAUCCUGCAGCGCGAGGAGGAGGAGCACGUGCGGCAGGUCCUCCACAAGUACGCCCGCUGCCGCCAGAAGAUGCAGGAGGCGCUGGCCGCCCGCACGCCGGGCUGAGCUGCCCUGGCGGCGCCGCCGGACCGACGUCCAGCCGCAGCAACCGACGUCCAGCCACAGCGACCAACGUUCAGCUGCGGCGGCUGCCCCGGGCGGCCGCUGCUCGCCAGAGGAGGCCCUGCCCGCCGAGGGGGCCGCCGUGGCCGCACGAGCCAGGGCCAGGGCCUGGCAGCGGGGACCGUGGCCCCUCCUGGUCGCCGAGGGGCCCCCGCAGGCCGGGGCCCGGUGCCACUGGGGGCCGGUGCCCGAGGGGACGGGCGCGUGGGGUGUGCGCGGGCGCGGGGCUUGACGCCCACCAAUAAAGGCGUCUGGGAGACGA